GCAUGGGCAUGGAAGGAGAACUUCCUGGAAGUGGGGACUCUGGAACGCUAUACAGUGGAGAGGACUAACUCCGGCAGCAGGGUGCUGUCCACGCUCACCAUCAACAUCAUGGAUGCCGACUUCCACACGCAGUACAAUUGCACCGCCUUCAACAGCUUUGGGCCGGGCACUGCCAUCAUCCAGCUGGUAGAGCGAGAGGUGCUACCUGUGGGCAUCAUCUCUUGGGCCACCAUCGGUGCAGGCAUCCUGCUCAUCUUCUUCUUCAUCGCCUUGGUCUUCUUCCUCUACCGCCACCGCAAAGGCAGCCGCAAGGAUGUAACACUGAGGAAACUGGACAUCAAGGUAGAGACUGUGAACCGAGAGCCACUCAUGAUGCAUUCUGACCGCGAGGAUGAUACCGCCAGCGUCUCUACAGCAACUCGUGUCAUGAAGGCUAUCUACUCG